AUGGAGGCUGGGCUGCUGAGUGCUAUCCUGGGUGUCGUCAUGGUGCAGGGGGCCACAGCCAUACAGGACCUGGAUCUGCAGAAGAUUGCAGGAUUCUGGCGGGAAGUUGGUGUGGCCUCCAGCCAAAACCUGGCACUGAAGACCCCAAAAAGGCUGGAAGCCUUGUUCCUGACCUUGAGUGGACAUGAGCUGAUUGUGAAGGCUGCGUAUAACAGCUCAGGAAGUUGUGAGACAGAAAAAAUAGUGAGCUCAAAAAUAGAUGUUUCGGGGACAUUCAUUUUUCCUGGCCACAGGGAGAUCCACGUGAUAGACACAGACUAUGAACAGUAUGCCAUUUUGAGGCUGUCCCUCCACUGGCAAGGCAAGGACUACCAUGUGCUCAAGUAUUUCACUCGGAGCCUGGAGGACGAGUAUGGGCCAGGCUUCUGGAGAUUCCGGGAGAUGACAGCAGACACGGGGCUUUACCUGGUGGCCCGGCAUGGGAGAUGCGCCAAGCUCCUGAAGGAGGACUGUCCUGACAGUGACAGCAAACCUAAUGCUCUGGUGGUCUUUGCCUACCGCGAGCAUCGCUGGCCUGGGCAUGCUGCCUGGAAGGUCCAGAGAUGGCUUCUCGUCAGAGUAGCUAGCUGUUCCAGUGAGGUCAGUACCCAGAGAGGUCUGAGUGAGGAGACCAAUGAUGCCCCACAUGCCCAGUUCAGCAGGAUGCUCUUGUACAUGGUGCCGAUCUUCAUGUCCAGGCUGAUGGGGAUGAGGCAGCAGCGCCACCUGCUGCAUGGAGAGCGGCAGCGAGGAGCUAUGGUUGUAGACCCUGAGACCUGGAGCUCGCGUGAGUCUGAGGCUGCCACAGAUCUGAUGGAGCCUGAGGAGGGGGAGGUGCUGACCGAAGCUGAGAUGAUGCCUGAGGUCUCCAGCGAUGACUGGGAGGUCAACUCCGGAACUUGA